UGCGUGGCUUUGGCAGAGAAGAGAGAGCCCUGGGGUGGCCAUUCUCACCAUCUCAGGAGAGGCUCUCUGGAGGGUGUGGGGUUCCUAUUCUUGCUGGAAUGUCUCUCUCUCUCUCUCUCCACACACACACACACACACGCACACACACACACACACCCCCCUAUAUGUGCAUACCCGAUUGGAAAAAUAAAUUGGUCAGCUGCCAACAUGAUAUGCACUAACCUUGACUAACACGUAAAGGUUCCAAUGUAAUGUAUAUUUUUCCAUCUUAGUGCCUACAGAAGCUAGAAAUAUGUUUUCUGGCUCUUAGCUGAGAAAUCAAAUUCUCUUGUUAGUUGGAACAAUGAUUAGAUCGAGAAUCCUGGUCAAGGCAUGACAAACAAUAAUCAUAGUAAAUUGACACCGACCCCAACACUGUGUGGGACAUGGAGGAAUGCAAAGGAAAUCGUAAAUGUAAACAUUGAUUGACAUCUCCAAAACAGUUGUUUUCAUCUUAAAUAAUAACUUGCUUAAAAUCACUGUUGUCUGAUAAUUUUGUUUAAGAAAAAAUAACGCAAACAUGAUUUUCUUCAAAUAGCUAUUUUUUAAAGUCCCUUUUAAUUUUUUGACUCGAGUUUUCAUUUUCACCUAUUGAAUUAUUUCCCUGAAGUAAUGUGGAAAUGUUCAAUUCUAUCCACCCAAUUCCAACCUCUCAUUCGAAGCCCUUCUUUAUCUGCACAGGAAACCCUUUCCAGGCUGGACUGACUGGGGAACAGGCACCCGGCUUCCAGGGUUGCCCCCAUUGCAGGGCUAGCAGCCGCCUUCCAGGAGUGCCUCUUGGACUCUGUGGAGGUCGACCUUAGGCCAGUCCUUUUCCAAUUUUUUCCCUUGGGGGGAGGAGAGCUCACCAAAAGAAUCGAAAGCAAGGAAGACUAAGUCAUUACUAGAUUCCUACCGGAACACUGCCAGUUGCCCCCUCCCCACUAAGUUCUGAACCCCGAGAGCCUGCUCUGGCCAGAGUUUUACAGAUCUUGUAAACAAUCUCCAGAAAUCCGUCCAAAUCACGUAGUCUUUUUUCAACCUCCACGGAAUUGAGGUUUUUAAAGCUAAUUCAAGGGGUUUUACAAGCCCAACAACCACAGUUGUAAAAAUGCCAUUGGGCUGCUAUUACAUUUUACAAAACGAGAUUGAUCCAUGUGCUGUAAAAGUCAACUAUCUCGAAGGCACACCUCUCAGGCAAGAGUGAGCAGCCCAGGACAGGCUUUUCCUGUCCUGUCUGGGGACAGCCAGGCCUGGGACAACAGUGAAAGCAAUUCAGGAUUUCUGGAGCCAGUGAGACAACAUUCCUGGUUCUGGAGCCACUGCAGGGCGGCAGCCCUCCGCGGUCCCAGGAAGGGCAGUAAAGAGGACGGCCCUAGGACAGUGCUGGCUGUCGGGCGCCCCGGAAACCGAGCUCAUCAAUUAUCCCCGCGGCCUUGGGCCCCGCAGAGCUGCCUUCUGUGCCCAGCUUGGCCAGGGCCCCUGCGCCUCCUGUGCCUCUGGAAUGAGGACAGAGAGAUUCCACACCUGGAUUUUUAUCUGCCUCAGCUCUGAGCGGUUCUCCCCACGGAUGCCGAGUCCCCAGGCGCUGGGUAGGGAGCAGGUACCUCGGCUGGCUUAGGUGCCCAGUCUCACGGCCAGCUGCUGCUCUGUCGGUUCUUUCUUGUGGAAACGAGUGGUUUCUGGCCUCUCAAUUCUCUGGAUUCAAAGGUGGGAUGGGGACGACCGGCUGGAAGGGCUGCUUUGAGACCAGGCAGGCUAGGGUUAUUGAGCCCUUUGGGACUCAACCAAGAUGUGUAUGUGGAGAAGAGAAUGGGUGGGAAGAACCUGCGUUUGGCUGAGUCCUGGUCAGCUCGAGGUGAGCCUUCAGCUCUGGCCUGCGAGGCCCAGGUCCCUGGUGAGAGUGGAGAAGGAGAGACUAAGGGAGUUCACCGAUUCCUAAGGCGCAGGAGUGAAGGGCAGGGAGUUCAGGCCUGGUUUCUGAGAGCCCGGGCUCCAGCUCAAGAACUCGCACCCACGAAUAGGGGAGCGCUAGGGGAGGGGCGAUUCGGGGCCGUGCCUGGAGUGCGGGUCGGCUGGGAGCAAAGCCACUUUUGUCACCGCCCCUCCUGGCGCGGGACCUUCAGGUUUCCUGUUUAGAGGAGGAGGGGCGGGUAACCUGCAAAAUGCAAUAAAGCAAAAAGGGGAGGAGGAAGGAGGGAGCCUGGUGGGGCCUUUGUGGCGGCCCCAGCGCUAGUGUCCCUACUCUGGCCUGAUCUCUUCGCCCCUGAACUGGCCGUGCCCGCCACUGGCGUUCGGGAAGAGAGCCGAGAGCCGGGCCGGCUGGCUAUGAGCGCCCAUUAAUCUGCCGGGCGGGCGGCGGGCGGGCGGGCUGGGGGCUGUUUGUAACUUUGCUGCCUCGGUCGCCGCGGUCCCCGGGGAGCGGGCUCCGGCGCUCGCUCCCAUUGGCCGCUGCCGCGUCAGCUGGUGCGAUUUGCUGCUGUCGCUUUUGGCGCUCGGCCAUCCAGAAACAAACCAGUUCGAUGACUACUAAUAGUUAUAGCCAGAUGUACUAAUACACAACAAAUCACAGUCCUGCAGAGGGGCGCGCAAAUGAGUUCCUAUUUUGUGAAUCCCACUUUCCCCGGGAGCCUGCCCAGCGGCCAGGACUCCUUCUUGGGCCAGCUGCCCCUCUACCAGGCCGGCUAUGACGCUCUGAGGCCCUUCCCGGCCUCUUAUGGGGCGUCCAGCCUCCCGGACAAGACGUACACCUCACCUUGUUUCUACCAACAGUCCAACUCGGUCCUGGCUUGCAACCGGGCAUCCUACGAGUACGGGGCCUCGUGUUUCUAUUCUGAUAAGGACCUCAGUGGCGCCUCGCCCUCGGGCAGUGGCAAGCAGAGGGGCCCCGGGGACUACCUGCACUUUCCUCCCGAGCAGCAGUACAAACCCGACAGCAGCAGCGGGCAGGGCAAAGCACUCCAUGACGAAGGCACCGACCGGAAGUACACGAGCCCCGUUUACCCUUGGAUGCAGCGGAUGAACUCCUGCGCGGGUGCUGUGUACGGGAGCCAUGGGCGCCGAGGCCGCCAGACCUACACGCGCUACCAGACGCUGGAGCUGGAGAAGGAGUUCCACUUCAACCGCUACCUGACGCGGCGCCGCCGCAUCGAGAUCGCCAACGCGCUCUGCCUCACCGAGCGCCAGAUCAAGAUCUGGUUCCAGAACCGCCGCAUGAAGUGGAAAAAGGAAAAUAAGCUCAUCAAUUCCACGCAGCCCAGCGGGGAGGACUCAGAGGCAAAAGCGGGCCAGUAGACCCCUGGGCAGGGACCAGGCCAGCGCUGCAACCUCCUUCGGCUUUGCCCCCUUGCCCUCACCUGCUCCCCAACUUUUCUCUCCGCCUGCUCCCAUCUGGGGGCUUCUGCAGCUUCAGGGGAGCUCGGAGCUUUGCAAGAGUCUGUGCAUUUAUUUCUUACAAAACAAAACCUCACACACAGCCAAUACCAGCGGUGGAGCGGGACGCACUGCACACACAGUCCCGCUCCACAAGGCUGCCCAAACCCGCUCCGGAGCUCCAGGGUGCGCCCUGAAUGCGUCCGGAGCUCCUGUGCUAGUGCCUCUGCGCUCCCCGACCUCGGGACAAGAGGCUACUAGGGAGGAAAGAGCCCUGGGCCGAGCCCGGUUUCUCGUCUGGGCGUCUCUGCCUAGGUCCCUCGCCAGGAGGUCCCGAAGGGCACCAUCAAAUCAUCUCUGGCCAGUGGAAAGAGGGGGUCUAAGUGCUGGGUCCCGGCGUUGUCUCGGCCUCCCAGGGCGCCUCCCAGAACAGGAAGCUUGAGGAACAAAGGGGGGCCCAACAGAGCCCAGUCUCUCGGCCUCGCUUGCGCAACCGUCAGUGGAAGAGAAGCUGCCUCAUACGAGGCGAGCUAACCUGGGCGCAAGUGGUACAGUACAGUCCGGGGACCGUCUGGGCUCCCUCAGGCUCCCGGCUCCGGAUUCCCGCUCCCUGACACCGAUAGCGCCCGCGUCGCCGCCACAGCAGCGUUCAGGACCCAACAAGGGGCCCGGGGCCAUGGAAGCCUCCAAAGUCCUGGCUUCCAGAGUUGCCAGGGGCGCCUGCAACACCGGGCCUCCAGCCGGGAGACUCCACUUGCCUGUCAGCUGUAUUUCUGAUUUACUUGUGUCUUUCGGAGCCCUGGAAAAUAACUACGGAGAUCCUAGGCACUGCCACGAAAUGCUUCCAUUAUCGCCCUCAUUUUACUCCUGGAGGUCUAAGCAAGACCCCAGUAACCCAGCCCGCGGAUCCUCAGACCCCAAGCAGCCUCUGUGGCUGCAAGGAGCCUGGGCCCACUCGCUGAGUUCAAUGGGAACCCUCCAACUUGGGGCCCGGCUGGCUCGAGGAACCAGACCCUGUGAUGAAGAUUUUCCAAGCUGGAUACGUAAGCAAAUCAAAUAGCAAACUAAUGACACGAAAACCAUACUCACAAGAAAGAAAAAUCGACUACGGUUAUAAAAGUGUAUGGAAUUUGACCUUGCUUUGGAAAAACACUACACAAAAGCUAUCUUUAAUAGACGCCUGUCAUUUAAGAGCGGCAGGGACACUGUCCCUCAUGCGCUAGCAAAAACAGAGCCGUAAUUGUAGCUGCUGCUGCUGCUGCGGGCAGGAUUUAUUUCUCCAAUUGGCUAAAUGGCUUUCCCCCUUCCCCGAAGGUGGUAUCUGUAUUUUCAAAAUUCAGAGCUGGCGGCAGGACGGGCAGAACCGACCCCAACCUCGACACAAAAAUAAGAGGCGCUGCAAAACGGGGGAAAUAAAGUUGUUGCAAAUAAAAUGC